UAUUAAGGACUCCACACUCACUGCAACUGCAAGUCAACUCUCCUGCUGCUUCAGUCACCACGAUGGAUCAGCUCACAUUUGAGAGGAACAAUCAGAAGCGUAUCCAAGAAGUGGAAAAUACUUUCGGUCCAUCGGGGACGCCCUUGUCCAGAUCGAGUCGGGUUCUGAUGGGAGAGGGCAUCCUGAUGAAGCAGGGUCGCAAGAAGUGGGAACGCAAGGCCUUCUUUCUCUUCAACGAUGUUCUGGUGUACGGCAGCAUCAUCAUGAACGACCGCUGGUACAAAAACCAGAAGAUCAUCCCUUUAGAGGAUUUGAAGCUGGAGGACAUGGAGGACGGGGUCAGAUUCAAGCACCAGUGGUUGAUCUCCACACCUUUCAAGUCCUUUAUUGUGGCGGCUCAGUCAUACGAGGAGAAGCAGGCCUGGAUGAAGCACAUCAGCGACUGCCAGAGCCGCCUGGUGCAGGACGGCAGUUGCAAGCCGAGCGCCGUCUUUGCUGUUUCCUGGAUUCCUGACCGUGCAGCCCAGAAAUGCAUGCGCUGCUUCUGCAAGUUCACCGCCACCGUCCGUCGACACCACUGCAGAAAGUGUGGCUUUUUGGUUUGCAACCAGUGCUCCAAGCAGCGAGCGGUCAUACAUCACAUGCACCCCACUAAACAGCUGAGGAUCUGCAAACUCUGCCACGGCAUGAAUAAGGAAGAGAACAACACCGGCCUGAAACGAUACAGUGAUGGGAAUAGCAGCUUAGAGGAUGGAGAUGAGAGGCUGUCCGGUGAUGACGAGACAAUCCAGCCUCUCGCUUCUAGCAGCUGGCUGGACACCAGAAGAGGCACCUGGGAAAAGAUGGCUACUUUUGUUCCCUAAACUCAUGUAAACAAUCAUGUUUCUAACUUUAGCUAUUCAGGUGAGGUCACAUAAAGAGAAAAGUGAGUUAAUUGCAGUCAAUUUUGACUGCAUUUGACACCUGUCAACUCUGACCUCAUUUGAAACUUUAUAAACUUUUACAUGUAACCGUGUUUAUCAUAAAACAGAGGAUGAAGAAGAAAGAACUGCAGCGACACACUUGAAAAAAAGACAAUGGGACUUGCAAGUGACAUGAAAUUGAUUUAGCUGCAUAAAGAAAGAUAAGAAAAAGAAGAAAAUGACAUAUAUUAUUUGUAAAUAUUUGUUAUUGUCCUUGGUUUAUAGAAACUCUCUCUUGGUAACCUUAUUUUUACUGUUUAUACAUGAAUAAGAAUUUGCACUUUAUAUACAUUCUUUGCUGCUACAAAAACUGUGAAUAAUAAACGGCCUUUAAAU